AAGGAAGCCCUGGUGUAAGAUCAGCCCUGAGGAGCUGCCAGUGGCUUCCUGCCCACAGCUGAGCAGAUGGGCUCCAGGGUGCCAAACAGGACCUGUGUGACCACUGCUUACAGGCUUCCAUUGGAUCUCAGGCCUCAAGAUGGUUGGGCUGGAGGAACUCUGUUUUUUUCUACUUUUCCUUAUGUUAUGUUGUCAGAGCCUCUCCAAACACAGGCAGCCCUCCAUACAUACAGCACAGAGUCCACUGCUCCUCUAGGUGGGCAAAGCCCCAUGGAGUAGGGGUUGGGGUGGCUUUGCCAAGAUACUGAGGGUCUCUGAUACCUCUGCUGCCCUGGCACUGAAGUCCUGGCUCUGGCACCGAGCUCUGGGGGUACCUAUCUAGGUGUCUGGGGCCACGCUAUGGAAUUCCAAAGCUACAAUCAAGACCCCACUGAAAAGUACAGGGAAAGGGACUUGAUGGAAAGAACUCUUUGGGUUUGACCCCAUGGGAACAUUGCAGUUAUUAGAGGUGCCUCUUUUCCUCUCUGUAAUGUGAUACAUGUGGCCCCAGGCCUCUUACUGCUACCCUGGGGUUGGAACCCUCUCCCCUAACCCAGGCAUCCUCUCCUAGGAUGCCUAGCAAGCUCCCUUUCCCUCUUGCUACCAGUUCCUUGGAAGCAUGGGGCUGGGACAUGCCCCCAGGGAGGGGUGUCUCAAUUGCCUAAGCAGGCUCCUUCAACAUCCAUGACCACUGUUCCUGGCAGAGAUAUGCCCCAGUCCUCACAGGUAUUGAAUCUGAAGAAAUGGAAGCACUGAUGCGGAGGAACCUGAAUCCCCAGCCUCCUACUCCUCCUACUCCCAGCGCCCCUGAAACUGGGCCCCACCACUAGGCUAACCCCCAUGAGCCUCAGAAACAGUCUCCAGGUCUUUAGGCCAGAGUGGGCAAUGCUCUGGGUCCCUUUUCAAGCUAAAGCCCAGAGGAUGGGGAGGCAGCCGAUCCUCUACCUGCCAAGUCCUCCUGACCCAGAGAAGCACCAUGGCCCAGUUCCUCUUCCAACUUUGUGUUAUCUUUCUUCCACUCGGAAGGAGCCCCACCACCACUGUAAUGUCAGAUGGCCUUAAAAGAAAUGCUUUCUCCAGUGCCUGCUCUGUGCUUUACAGCCAUUCUCAGACCUUCUUGCAACUCUAUGACAUGGACAUUUCUCCUGCUUUACCAAUGAGAAAUUGCUCAAAGGAGGUUAAGUAACUUAACCAAAGCCUCCCGCCUGGUACAUGUGGGAUUGGUACAGGAUUUGCUCCCUUUUAUCAGACACCCAAGUCUGGAUGGGCUGCUUUUUCCUCAGCAAGCUGCCUCUGGGAGCCCAGCAGGCUCCAGAAGGCUCUGGGGCUGAGGAAGCUUCUAAAGAGCCUCACCCCCAGGAAACCAGGCUGAACAAAACUGGGGCUCUAGCUUUCCAGGGCUUGGUCCCCAGUUCCCGUGCAGGGAAUGGGGCCACUGAACGCUGCGAGAGCAAAAGGCUGGUUCCAUCAACAGGCCGGUUCCUGCCUGCACGGGGAGCCCGAAUGAGCAGGCAGGUGGAGCUCUCGCUCCGCCAUGGCCCUUCUGCGGUCUCUGCAGCCGUUUGCAUUUCCUGAAACCGGAUCUUGGUGUCAGAGCCGCCCAGGCUGGGCGGGCGCCUCAGCCAUGGCCCUGCGCAAGGAGCUGCUUAAGUCCAUCUGGUACGCUUUCACCGCACUGGACGUGGAGAAGAGCGGCAAGGUCUCCAAGUCCCAGCUCAAGGUGCUGUCCCACAACCUGUACACAGUCCUGAACAUCCCUCACGACCCUGUGGCCCUGGAGGAACACUUCCGAGACGAUGACGAUGGUCCUGUGUCCAGCCAGGGAUACAUGCCCUACCUCAACAAGUACAUCCUGGACAAGGCGGAGGAGGGGGCUUUCGUUAAGGAGCACUUUGAUGAGCUGUGCUGGACCCUGACGGCCAAGAAGAACUAUCGGGUGGAUAGCAAUGGGAACAGCAUGCUCUCCAAUCAGGAUGCCUUCCGCCUCUGGUGUCUCUUCAACUUCCUGUCUGAGGACAAGUACCCUCUGAUCAUGGUUCCUGAUGAGGUUGAAUACCUGCUGAAGAAGGUACUCAGCAGCAUGAGCUUGGAGGUGGGCUUGGGUGAGCUGGAGGAGCUGCUGGCCCAGGAGGCCCAGGCAGCCCAGACCACUGGCGGGCUCAGCGUCUGGCAGUUCCUGGAGCUCUUCAACUCAGGUCGCUGUCUGCGAGGUGUGGGGCGGGACACCCUCAGCAUGGCCAUCCACGAGGUCUACCAGGAGCUCAUUCAAGAUGUCCUGAAGCAGGGCUACCUGUGGAAACGAGGGCACCUGAGGAGGAACUGGGCAGAACGCUGGUUCCAGCUGCAGCCCAGCUGCCUCUGCUAUUUUGGGAGUGAAGACUGCAAGGAGAAAAGGGGUACCAUCCCACUGGAUGCACAGUGCUGCGUGGAGGUGCUGCCAGACCGAGAGGGGAAGCGCUGCAUGUUCUGCGUGAAGACGGCCUCCCGCACGUACGAGAUGAGCGCGUCAGACACGCGCCAGCGCCAGGAGUGGACAGCUGCCAUCCAGACGGCGAUCCGGCUGCAGGCCGAGGGGAAGACUUCGCUGCACAAAGACCUGAAGCAGAAGCGACGUGAGCAGCGGGAGCAGCGGGAGCGGCGCCGGGCGGCCAAGGAGGAGGAGAUGCUGCGGCUGCAGCAGCUACAGGAGGAGAAGGAGCGAAAGCUGCAGGAGCUGGAGCUGCUGCAGGAGGCGCAGCGGCAGGCCGAGCGCCUGCUGCAGGAGGAGGAGGAGCGGCGCCGAAGCCAGCACCGCGAGUUGCAACAGGCACUCGAGGGCCAGUUGCGCGAGGCGGAGCAGGCCCGGGCUUCCAUGCAGGCUGAGAUGGAGCUGAAGAAGGAGGAGGCUGCCCGGCAGCAGCAGCGCAUCAAGGAGCUGGAGGAGAUGCAGCUGAGGCUUCAGGAGGCCCUGCAUUUGGAGGUGAAAGCUCGGCGGGAUGAAGAGGCUGUGCGCCUAGCACAGACCAGACUGCUGGAGGAGGAAGAGGAGAAGUUGAAGCAGCUAAUGCAGCUGAAGGAAGAACAGGAGCGUUACAUCGAGCGGGCGCAGCAGGAGAAGCAAGAGCUGCAGCAGGAGAUGGCACUGCAGAGCCGCACCCUGCAGCAGGCCCAGCAGCAGCUGGAGGAGGUGCGGCAGAACCGGCAGAGGGCUGAUGAGGACGUGGAGGCUGCCCAGCGGAAGCUGCGCCAGGCCAGUACCAAUGUGAAACACUGGAAUGUCCAGAUGAACCGGCUCAUGCAUCCAAUCAAACCUGGAGACAAGCGUCCCACCACCAGCAGCUCCUUCACAGGCUUCCAGCCCCCUCUACUUGCCCGCCGUGACUCCUCCCUAAAGCGCCUGACCCGCUGGGGAUCCCGCAGUGACAGAACCCCCUCACCGAGCAGCAGUGAGCAGCAGAAGUCCCUCAAUGGUGGGGAUGAGGCUCCCAUCUCGGCUUCCACCGCUCAGGAAGAAAAACUGGACCCAGCACCAGAAAAUUAACCUCUGCUAGCCUCUCUUCCCCCUGACCUCAUGCCUACUAGGACCUGGCCACAGCUGGCCUGUGAGUAACACCAGCCCCUGCAGAAGGAGCUGAAAUCCUGGUGCCAAGGGACCAUGCCCUCUGACCAUGAAAUAGUCCAAGAUGGAACCUGGUUCAUUUUUGCACCAGCCCCAGGCCCCAGACCACUGAGGCUGUCUGGGAUGUUGGUCCUUAAGAACUUGAUCCAGUGCCUUAACCCCAAGGGCCCUACACCCUGGGCUGGGAAAGAGAGUAAACAAGCAAGCCAUGGGCCAUCUGUCCCUAGAUUGCUUCCAAGUUGUGAAGGCACAUUUCUAAAUAAAAACUGCUCUUGGUAUAAA